AUGGCGCGGUUUGUGUUUGUCGUGCUCGCGCUCCUGGUAGCGCAAACGGCUUCAGAUGUUGUAGAAUAUAAUGUCAGGCCGACGAAAAUCGCUGACAAGACGUUCCUGCAACGGCAGAUGGAACUGUCUUCUCUAUUCUACCACGUCAAUGAACCGAUCUACGAUCCAACAUUGAAGACCAUAGUCGAAACUUUCGAAUUAGAGAAGAAUGUAGAACAGUUCGAAAAUGUAACGGCACUGAAGAUGUUCUUGAAAUUACAAAAAUACAACAUGCUUCUGCCCAAAUCUGUUCCAUUCAACAUUUUAGAACAGUCUCAGAAGUUCGAGACAGUAACAUUGUUCAACUUGUUGUAUUCAGCUAAGGACUACAGUACCUUCUUUAAAACUGCUGUCUACUUAAGACAGCGCAUCAACGAGGGACUAUUUGUGUAUGUGUUAUCUGUAGCCAUAAUUCAUUAUCCUGAAACUCAAGGAAUUGUUAUCCCACCAAUUUACGACAUAUUCCCGUGGUAUUUCCACAACGGAAAAAUUAUGAGUAUCGCUCAAAGAAUUAACACACAUGGAAAGAAUUACGUAAGCUACUAUCCUCAAACAUAUGUUUGGGACGAUAAUGUUGUCAUAAGAUGGAACUCUACAGUUUGGCCAUACGUUGAAGGCGAUCAUGUCUCUAUGGCCUACUACUUAAAUGACUACGCUUUAAAUACUCUCUAUCAUAACAACUACAUCACUUUCCCUUACUGGUUAAGUGGUACCACUAAGCCUUUGAUGAAAUACAAACGUGGAGAAUUCUUCUGGUACACCAGGAAGACACUCUUAACGCGUUAUUACAUGGAGAGGCUAUCAAAUGGUCUCGGUGAAAUUGCGGAACUGGGCUUAGAUGUUGUUCAAGGAGGAUAUUCUAGUGGCUUAGUAUACGAAGGUGUGCCUCUCGCAUCCAGACCAAACCAUUUCAAUAUCGAUCAACCUAAAUUCGUUUCAUAUGUUGAAAGAAUAACAGAACUAGAAAGCCGUAUCCGUGGCGCCAUCGAAGUUGGCUACUUAAUUAGCGCUAGUGGUGAGAAGAUUAAUCUACGAGUACCAGAAGCUAUUGAUGUACUUGGAAGAGUAUUAGAAGGAAACGUAGAUUCUCCUAACCUAAAUUACUAUGGAAGUAUUUAUAACGCAUGGAAACAAUUACUUGGCAACUCUAUUGAGCCUAACAAGAUGUACUGGAACGGACAAGUUCCUCUCACUGUGCCAUCUACGUUGGAAAUUUACCAAACAGCCCUCCGUGAUCCAGCCUUCUAUAUGAUUACGAAACGAAUUCUUAAACUAUUCACAUUAUGGCAAUCAUACCUUCCUCUGUACAAACCAGAAGAAAUUUCUUUUCCCGCAGUCACCAUUCAAAAGGUGGAGGUAGACAAACUUGUCACCUACUUCGAGAACACCUAUCUUAAUGUGACAAAUGCUCUGCCCAUGAACGAAGAUGAAAGUAAGCUAUUUAAAAUAAAAAUUCAACUUGUGCUGGUUCAGCGUCCACAGUUAAAUCACAAAGUUUUCAAGGUUCGUGUAAAUGUCAAGAGUGAUGUUGCCAAGACUGUUUUAGUGAAGUUCUUCUUAGCGCCUAAAUAUGAUAGCAAGGGCUUUGAAAUUCCUCUUCACCUUAACACUGAGAACUUCUUCAAUUUGGACACAUUUACAUAUGAAUUGCCACAAGGAGAGUCUGUCAUCAAACGUGAUUCUACCGAAAAUAUGUACAUGAUUGAUCAAUGGAUGUCCGGUUACGAGGCAUAUAACAAAGCGUUUAAGGCUUUCAACGGAGACGGCCAAUUUCUUAUUGAACCAAAAAACUGGUUCCAUGGUUUCCCACGUCGUCUUCAGCUUCCUAAAGGCAACAUUGGUGGUAUGCCAUUCCAGUUCCUGGUAUUCAUCCAAGAGUACCAAGCUCCAGAAGCUUCGAUCGGCAAAGGAGUAAGUCCUGAGGGUACAUACGGUUACGGAGCUGGCGCCAACCGUAUGUCUGCGUAUCCUAUUUAUUACCCAUUAGACAGGCCAUUGUACGACUGGCAGAUUAAGCCACUUACCAAUUUUUACAUUCAAGAAGUUCAAAUCUUCCACAAGCCGGUACCUGAAGUAUUUGCACAGUUGUCUUCCGAACUACUCAAGAUGAAGACUGUCGUGGUAUUAGCAUGCCUGACCUUAGCGCUGGCCGAAGCCAGCAUGAUCCCUCCAAAAUUCGUCUACAAAACCAAGCCUGUCGAGGCUGAUUUUGUUACGAAGCAAGAGAAGAUUCUGAAGCUGUUCGUUCAUCCUGAGCAAGUUGACACUGAAGCUGAAUACUACAAGAUUGGAAAGGAGUGGGACAUCGAAGCUCACAUCGAUGACUUCACUAACAAGAAAGCAGUCGAAGAGUUCUGGGGACUAUGGAAGACUGGUUUCUUGCCCAAGAAUGUUCCUUUCUCCAUCUUCUACGAAAGGCAGAGAGAGGAAGCCGUUGCUCUUUUCCACGUCUUCUACUACGCCAAGGACUUCGAGACCUUCUACAAGACCGCUGCCUUUGCUCGUGUUUACAUAAACGAGGGACAGUUCCUCUAUGCUUACUACAUUGCUCUGAUUCACCGUGCUGACACCAAGGGAGUAGUCGUCCCAGCACCCUAUGAAGUUUACCCCGAACUAUUCACAAACUCGAAUGUAUGGUACAAAAUCUUCCGUACCAAGAUGCAAAAUGGAAUUUUCACCCCAGAUUUCGGAACUGAGCACGGUGUCGUACAUGAGGGAGACCGUUGGGUUGUUUACUCAAACUACUCCGACUUCCUUACUUACCCUAACGAUGAAUACAAAAUUUCCUACUUUACUGAAGAUAUUGGUCUUAACGCUUACUACUAUUACUUCCACUCUUACUUCCCAUUCUGGAUGGACGGCGAUCUUUACCCAGGAAUGAAGGAACGUCGUGGUGAAGUUUACUACUACUUCUAUCAACAAUUAUUGGCCCGUUACUACUUGGAGAGACUUUCCAAUGGAUUAGGAGAAAUCCCUGACUUCUCUUGGUGGCAUCCAAUCAGAACCGGCUACAGCCCCUACAUCAACUACUUCACAUCUUUUGUACAGAGGCCAUCUUUCUACAACAUUCCUUAUGAAAAGAAUUAUGAAGAACUCCAACUUCUUGACACUUACGAAAAAACAUUCAUUCAGUAUCUUGAACAAGGCCAUUUCAAGGCUUUCAACCAGGAUGUAGACCUACGCAACAGCAAAUCUGUUAACUUUGUUGGUAACUUCUGGCAAGCUAAUGCUGAUUGGCACGGCAAAGUUUCACGCAAAGACAACCACAACUCAUACGAAGUUACAGCUCGUCGUAUUCUUGGUGCUGCUCCUGAACCCGUUGACAAGUACACUUUCGUACCAACCGCUCUUGACUUCUAUCAGACAUCUCUUCGUGACCCUAUCUUCUACCAAAUGUACAGCAAGAUUUUAAAAUACUUCAUUGAAUACAAGAAGUUCCUUACACCAUACACUCAAGAUGUUUUGCACUACGUCGGUGUUAAGAUCAACGAUGUUAAGGUUGAUAAGCUUGUUACGUUCUUCGACUACUAUGACUUCGAUGUAACCAACAAUGUAUUCUUCACUAAAGAAGAACUUAAGUCGCAGCAAUACUCAUCCUACGUGGUUCGUCAACCUCGUAUUAACCACAAGCUUUUCACAGUUACUGUUGACGUUAAGUCUGACGUUGAAGGAGAGGCCGUAUUCAAAUUCUUCAUGGGACCUAAGUAUGAUAGCAAGGGCUACCCCAUUAACAUUGAAGACAACUGGCAGAACUUCGUCGAGUUGGACUGGUUUGUACACAAACUCACCAAGGGACAAAACAAAGUUGAACGCCUAUCUACUGACUUCUUCUACUACAAGGAAGACUCUGUACCCAUGCGCGAUAUCUUCAAGCUACUUCCUGAAGGCAAAGUGCCAACUGACAUGUCUACUGAAUCUGGUGCAUUCCCUAAGAGGUUGGUCCUGCCCAAGGGUACUAAGGGUGGUUUCCCGUACCAGUUCUUCGUAAUUGUCUACCCAUACACUCCCGCUGAAAAGAAAUUUGAUGCUAUCAAAACAUUCGAAUGGGACAGCAAGCCUUUCGGUUAUCCAUUCGACCGUCCAGCACAUGAGGUCUACUUCAAGCAGCCCAACAUGUUCUUCGAAGAUGUUGUAGUAUACCAUGAGGGAGAAGAAUACACUUACAAAUAUAACACUCCGUACUACACAGUACACCACAAUGAAGUGACCAAACACUAAGAGGAGAGAGAAAUAAUUCUAAACAUCAUGCUAUUUAUGUAAGUGUUAUAUUGUAAAACCUUACAAUUACAAAUAAAAAGACAUCAUAAAUAAACUA